AUGUUGAGAGCUCGUAAUUUCCAGGAGCGUGGUAAUUCCUACGUAUGCGCCUUCUGCCGCCACAAACCCUCGCCGAGGGACUCGCAGCUUAGAGAUCGUCCUGUGUCCAGCAUCGCAGCUUCGAUAACAUCAGUCAGAGCCACCGGGCUAUCAUCAUGUCACCCAUCGCGAAUAUCUGGCGUGCGCUCUCUUUCGACGAGCUCUACACUCCGUGGACCCGACGAUAAUGGCAAGCCUGGUGGUUUUACUGGCGGUAUUGCUGGAGGAUUUGGAGCUGGAUUGGGGUCGUUCGGAGCGUUUGCGAACAAGCCAGCACCAGAUGUUGCAAAACAGUCGGGCGAACUACUUCCUCAUGAAUUGGAAGCUCGCGCAAAGAUGGGAUUGCCUCUGAAGAAACCUCCUCCGAAGCCUGUCCAGGCACAGGCAAAGGAUAACGCCAAGACAUCGCCAGCUCCUCAGAAUACGCCUCAAAACAAGGGUCAAGGCAAGAGACUUGACCAGGGCAGAAACCAGCGGAUGAAGGGCGCCCAGCAAUCGAAUCGGUUCAACGAAAGGAGUAAUAAUUUUAAGCAGCAGCAAACGGGACAACCAGAACAAUCGCAGCAACCGCAAGAAGCGAAACCAGCUAGGCCUGUGUCCAAUCCAUUAUCGAGCUCCAUUCUUGCCGAGGCCUUCAAGACAGACCGUACACCAGCGCCAGUGGCAACACCCAGAUCUUGGUCUAACAAUGAACCUCCAAAGCCAGCGACUUCUGCUUGGGGAGCCUUUGCCUCUCGAAAAGUAGACACGCAUGUUCCUCUGAUGCAGGGUCAAGCCAAAGCGAAGCCCACAGAAAACCGGCCCGAAGCCCAACCCAAGCAGCCGUUUCAGUCAACGAACAAGGGUGGCGAAAAUGUAUGGGGUCAAUUAAAGCGUUCAAGGAGGUCAAACGAUGAGAAGACCCCAGGCCAAGAUGCCGGCUUCUGGGAUGCACUCGAAAGCCGAGUAACAAACAUUCGCAAUAGACCUGCUCCUGACCCUGAGGUCACUGAGCUAUACCAAUCUGCACUUCAAAGCGAUGGUCUGUUGUCUCCGGAAGCUCAGCAACCACAAGAAGAUCAACCGAGACGUAAGUCUCGGUUUGAGAUGGAGGAAGAAGAGGAGCGUAAUAGAAGGGAUAAGAAGGGCAAGCGCCAGAAGAAUGUUCGUCAGAGUGACUACGAAGACGAAGAUAUGGAUGAGGAUGCAAUUCGGCGAUGGGAAAGCAGACAGCGCAAGAAGGCUGAAAAGGAAGCCAAGAAGCACUUGGAACAACCUGUCGAGGCUGCGCCAGUGCCCAUCUUUCUUCCAGAGUAUAUCAGUGUCUCUAAUUUGGCCAAUGCUCUUCAGAUUCGUGUCGCGGACUUCUUGCAUGACUUGGAGUCUAUGGGCUUCGAGGAAAUCACCGAAGAAACCAUCAUGACUGGUGACACGGCUGCACUGGUUGCUCAAGAGUAUGGCUUUGACCCCACGGUAGACACAGGCUCUGAGCGCGAUCUUCGACCUCGACCAGCACCAGAAGAUCCAUCAUUAUUACCUAGCAGGCCUCCUGUUGUUACCAUCAUGGGCCACGUCGAUCACGGAAAAACUACUCUCCUGGAUUGGCUACGCAAGUCUUCAAUUGCUGCUCAGGAGCACGGCGGUAUCACACAGCAUAUUGGUGCCUUCAUCGUUCAGAUGUCAUCGGGCAGCCAGAUCACUUUCCUUGACACACCUGGCCACGCUGCUUUCUUGUCCAUGCGUCAACGAGGUGCUAAUGUUACAGAUAUCGUGGUGUUGGUCGUUGCAGCUGACGACAGUGUUAUGCCGCAGACUCUAGAGGCUUUGAAACAUGCCACAGCUGCCAAGGUCCCUAUUAUUGUUGCAAUCAACAAGAUUGAUAAAGAAGAUGCUCAAGUUGACCAAGUCAAGGCUGAUCUUGCUCGCCACGGCGUUGAGAUCGAAGACUACGGCGGUGAUGUGCAGGUUGUGCCUGUCAGUGGAAAAACUGGCAAGGGUAUGGAAGAUCUCGAGGAGAGUAUCGUCACUCUAUCUGAGAUCCUUGAUGUCCGUGCCGAGGCAGAUGGCAUGGCUGAGGGAUGGGUCCUUGAAUCGAGCGUCAAGCACACUGGAAAGACGGCUACAGUGCUCAUCAAGCGAGGAACCCUACGUCUUGGUGAUGUUAUUGUUGCCGGAAAGUCAUGGGCCAGGAUUCGAGGUCUUCGUAAUGAAGCUGGUGUUGACAUCCGCGAAGCUCCUCCUGGAACUCCCGUCCAGGUUCUCGGCUGGCGUGAGCUUCCUGACGCUGGUGAGAUGGUCCUGCAAGCGCCUGAUGAGGGCAAGGCCAAGACAGCAGUCGAAUACCGCGAGGAAAUGGCUGAGAGACAAGAGAGUUCCAAGCAGCUUGCCGAACAAGAACAACGCCAACGUGAAAAGGCUGCCGCCGAGGAAGCCGCUGCUGCUGCAGAAGCCGAGGGCGUUGAAGCGGAGCCCGUCACUAAUGAACCAGGUAUCCUCUUCCAGAACUUCAUCGUCAAGGCUGAUGUCGCUGGAUCCGUGGAGGCCGUAUGUGGCACCGUUCAGGAACUUGGCAGUAACGAAGUUCAAUCCAAGAUCCUACGAUCUGGCGUCGGUGCUAUCUCCGAAUACGAUGUCGACCACGCUACUGCUUCCAAGAGUAUCAUCGUUAACUUCAACAUCCCCAUCCUCCCCCAUAUUCGCCAACGUGCGGACGAAGCUGGCGUGCGCAUUAUUGACCACAGCGUUAUCUACCACGUCGUUGACGAUGUCAAGAGCGCUCUCUCGGAUUUGCUACCGUACAAUAUCACCCAUAAGGUUCUUGGCGAGGCAGAUGUUCUGCAGCUAUUCUCUAUCAACGUCAGGAAACGUGUAUCGAAGAAUAUUGCGGGUUGCAAGAUUCGUAACGGUUCUGUUAAAAGGACAUCCAUGGUCAAGGUCAUCCGUGGUGGCGAAAUCAUAUUUGAUGGUAAAAUUGAUACUCUCAAGCACGUCAAGAAGGAUGUCAUGGAGAUGGGCAAGGGUGCCGAGUGUGGUAUCGGUUUAGAAGGCUUUGAGGAUCUACGGAUCGAUGAUCAGAUCCAGACAUAUGAGGAGAUCAAAGAAAAGCGAACACUGUAA